AUGGGAGUGUGCCAAACAAAAAAGUUAAACACAAAGUAAGACUCAUCAAGCAGAGUGAACACUGAAAGUAAAACAAAGAUGGAUCUGUCUGGUACUCAAGAAACUGAAUUAAAAAAAUCGCUUUAUCAACAUUAAGAGAAGCAAGCCAAUACAGAAACUAUUUGCGUUCAAAAUUUGGAUUGCACAAUCCCAGCAAGUCAACGAGGUCAUGCUUUUACCAUGCCGAAAAUAUUGAAUUCUCCUUAAAGCCUUAAUAAUCCUCUUUUAGAAUCGACAAGUGCUUCUAAGAAAUAUACUCUUAUUGGUCAACAUAAAUCAAAUUAUGUAUUAUAUAUAUCUUAUAUAUAGCAACUUUAAAUUUUAUAAAACAACAAAACUGGAAUGCUUGUUUAAAUGUAGAAUAUUCCAAAAAAUAUAGAGGGCAACGAGAAAUAUAUUAAUCAAAUUCAAAAGAUAUCGAUAGUAUUAAUUUAAAUAUCAUUCUUUCAGGAUCAUCCAAAUAUCUUAAGAAUCAUCGAAAUUUACCAAGAUAAAACCAACUAUUAAGUGAUAUCCGAAUACUUCAAUGGAACCAAUCUUUCAGACUUAAUUAUUGGAGAAGCCAAAGUAUCAAAACCCUAAGUAGCCGAAAUCUACGAAUAAAUAAUGUCAGCUAUGUCAUAUCUUCACCAAAAGAAUAUUGUUCAUGGCAAUUUGACUCUCAAAUCAUUUUAAUAUGUGAAUCUAAAUAAUCUACUUGUUGUUAAGCUAACCAAUCUAAAAACCAUCUAUUGCAAAGAUCUAACAAACAUUGAAGUUAUAAAAUUACUUCCUCCAGAAUGUCUCUAUCGUUAAGAACUAUUUACGAAAGAAAGAGACAUUUGGACAGUGGGCUUGAUUGGAUUGAUACUUAGAAAAGGUAAAUUACCAUAUGAAAUUCCAUAAAAUACUUCUUAACAAAUUAUGGUAUCGAUUAUCAAAGAUCAUAAAUUUAAUUUCUAACAUAAAAAGGAUCAGAAGUUCAGACAUUUUCUAGAGACAGUACUAUCUAAAUUCCCUUAAGAAAGACUUGAUUUUGACUAAUUACGAAAGCAUGAAUUUAUAAAGUUUUAUUCUAAGAAAAAGGCAAACACAAAGGUGCAAUUACUCACAAAUUUCUUAACAAAUAAACCAUGCCCUCCAAUCUAAUAAUUAAUAUUAAGUUAUUUUGGAUAAGAAUUCAAUAUAGACGAGUAUCUUGCUGCCAUAAAGCUGUAUAUUGAAGCUAAUACCAACAAUGAUGGUUCUUUAAGUAAAUAAGAAUUAAUAAAACUAUUUUACAAUUACAAAAUUAAUAAAGAAAACAUUGCUCAAAAAAUAGAUGAUAUAUUCUAAUAAUUUGAAAUAAAUGAUAAAAUGGGAAUGGAUCAAAAUAAAUUUGUUUCUUUAACUUUAUCUCGUUCAAUCUUAUUGACUCAAGAGAAUAUUGAAACAUGUUUUGCUAUCUUCUCAUUCAACAAAUAGGAUAUAUACUUGAAAGGAUUGAAAAGACAUUUGCAAUGUGAAACUGUUGAUAUUAAAUCAGAAUUUGCAUCGAUGACUGAUGAUCUAAACUCAGUAAUAAUUUAUAUAAUUUUUUUAGCUUAACUAUUAACAAUUUGAAUCUAUGAUGAAAUUACUGAUAUGA